CAGGGUCACAGUUCUCCAAUAAGCACUGCCCCCCCUUCCCGCCCCCAGGCUGUCACCCUGCUCGGUGCCCCGACCGGGGUGACUCGGGCUCGGGAUGCCAAGCUGUUUGCCCUCUCGGUACCGCUUCCUGGACCUGAUCUUCGCACUAGGCGGUACCCUGACCUUCCUGGUGGACCUGGGCUUGGACGUGUGGGCGGCGGUGCAGUAUUACAGAGCCGGGGAUCUGGCCUGGGCCGCCCUGCUCCUCUCCUUCUACGGAUUGUCCUCCGUGGCAUUGCAGUUCCUCAGCUGGGGCUGGUUAUGGGUAGACCGACAGGACCGCCUUAAAGGCAGGCAGGGCGGCCAGGAGGACAGGGGUGAGCAUGGCGAGAAUGGCACCCCGCAUGGAAAGUGCUGCCUGGAACUGCAGCCCUACAACAGCCCCCCAGGAGAGGGGACAAAGGGGGCUGCCAGUAACAAGACCGGGGACUCCGGGGUAAUUAACGGACUGAAUGGGUGUCAAGCCCCAGCCCUGGUGGACAGUCCUGCUGCUGCUGGGGGUGACAUGGAUGAUCACACUCCGGAUACAGUGCCCACCCCAGGCAGAGGGCAUGGUGCCAUGCUGGAUAUCCCAGACAGUGAGUGUUCUGACAGAGGGCAUGGUGCCAUGCUGGAUAUCCCAGACAGUGAGUGUUCUGACAGAGGGCAUGGUGCCAUUCUGCCCACCCCAAUUUGCCCAGCUGCACAGCCCUGGCUCCCUGGAGAAGCACAUAGGGAUGAAGGGCCUGGGCAGCAGGCGGUCACACAAUGCCCUGAGGACCAGUCAACCUGGAGAGAUAUUUCUUGUAAUGAAAUCGGUCAAGGAAAUGGCGAAAUACAAGACUCCCGGCUCACCUGCCGCCUGGACAACUUUUAUACUUCUCGACCCUUAUACUGCCUUUCAUUGGCUACUAUCUUGCACAUUCUUCAGCUAGGUUAUCCUUUGAGGUAUGUUUAUAUGAAGAUUGUUUUGGAAGUAAAAAGUGUAAUGCAUGGAUUCUGUGAUAAUAAAUAUUCACAGUAUGAGUCUACAUAUUUUGAAGUGAUAUUAUUAUUUUUAUUAGUAGUAUUAUUAUGCAUAGUCACCAUUUAUUUGUGUAUUAAAGUAUACUUUACACCAGGGCAAGCGUGCUGUAGUGUUUAUGGUACUUGUAUUGUUACUGUAAACCGGGCUUACCUAAACUCUGGCCCUCCAUAUUUUGCUGAACUACAACUCCCAUGAUUCUAAGACUAUUUCAUUCAUAGAAUCAUGGGUAGUUCAGCAACAUCCGGAGGGCCGGAGUUUGGGGAAGUCUGCUGUAAACCCUAGGUGUGAACCAAAAACAGGAUCCCCAUGCUGUGUUGGUCGGUUCCAGUAUUCUGUUUAUUAGAAUCCUUAUAACUUUCACAAUAAUUUGUUUACUAUAGCAACGUAGCUUCUUCCCCUUCUUAAAGGGAAGAAGCUAUUUAUUAUUUAUCAAAGUAUUUAGUUGUAAAAAAAAAAAGUGAUGUAAAAUACUAAAAGUGGGGCAAUCAUUUUGGAAACCAGGGCCACCCAAAAACACUUUCAUAAAUAAUGAUCAUUUGCCUUUUGCCAAAUGUAUUGUAUAUGAAGAAUGGGUCUCCACUACACUGCAUAAUUUGGGUCCUUGACAAUAAACGGUUAAUAAGCAAUGCUUGGUACAUUUUGUCAGGGAUCAAUGGCACAAUAUUGCUCUUGUUUAAUAUACAUUACAAGUGACAAAAUUCUGAACUUGAAUCAGAAGCACACACAAAAUAAAAGGCACAGAGGGGGGGAGGAAUUAUUUGGCACUUAAAUAUUACAUAGGUGCAAAGUAAAAAAUGGGUCACAAGAGAACCAUUAAAGGUACAAUAUCAGCACUAAACCCACUAAAGCUUCAUGUUUUGAUCUCUGGUGCCAGGAUGCAAACUGGCAGUUGUAAGCAUUCUGAGAAAUAUUAUUGCUGUUUCUGAGAAAUGGAAUGGCAAUGUUUACAUUUGUCAGUCUGGAUUCCUCUAGUGCAGUGAUGGCUAAUCUUGACACCAUAAAUUGUUUCUGGACUACAUUUCCCAUGAUGCUCAGCUAGCUUUUGGGGUCGAGGUUAGCCAUCACUGCUCUAGUGGCUGUCAACCAGACACUCGCUAGAAGCACUUUCUUGUGAAGACCAUAAAAAAUGUACAUACUUCACGUUUGCAGGGAAGUUUCCCUAUAGAGAAUCAUUGUAAUGCUUUUCUAUGCGGGUAAUCCUAUUGAUGCAGAACAGCUAUUGUCAUGCAUCCGCAGUAGGACCAUCGGUGCUUCUCUAGGGAGAAACAUUUGAUUGGCCAAGAUAAUCCAUCCAGAAGCAGGAAAUAUAUUGCAAAACCAUGACGCUGCUGGAUUAAAUGUGCAGGCCCUGAACCUAAAUGCUGUUAGGGGCACUCUCAUGUUAUAAAUUAAUAUGUGUAUUAAUAAGUGUUCCUUUAAAAGCAAUACUGAUCCUAUUCCUUCAUAUCUCAUUCGCAUUAUGUCUCCCUCUCUUGCUCUUCCCCUAAAAUUUUCAAUCUAUCACUUUCCUCGGGCACAUUUCCCUCAUGCUUCAAACAUGCAACUGUAACCCCAAUUCUGAAAAAGUCCAGCCUUGACCCCAACUCCCCAUCCAACUACCGCCCUAUCUCGCUACUGCCAUUUGCCUCCAAAAUCUUCAAGAGAGUUGUGUACACCAGACUGACUGACUUUCUCGAAACCAACUCUCUGCUUGACCCACUUCAGUCUGGAUUCCGCGCUGGUCAUUCUGUCGAAACGGCUGUGACCAAAGUAUCCAACGAUUUAAUUGCUGCUAAAUCUCGCAGCCAUUACUUUAUCCUAAUUCUACUUGAUCUUUCUGCUGCCUUUGACACUGUUGAUCAUCAACAGCUUCUUCGCAUUCUACGUAAUUUUGGUCUACUGGAUACUGCUCUCUCCUGGUGCUCCUCCUACCUCUCCCAGUGCUCUUUCAGUGUUUCUUUCUCUGACUCAGCCUCUUCCCCCCAACCACUCUCUGUCGGCGUCCCCCAAGGUUCUGUCCUUGGUCCCCUACUGUUCUCUAUCUACACUGCCUACCUUGGUAAACUCAUCAGCUCGUUUGGCUUCCAUUAUCAUUUCUAUGUUGAUGACACACAAAUCUACCUGUCCUCUCCUGAUCUCUCUCUGCCCAACUUGACUCGUGUCUCUGACUGCCUCUCUUCGAUUUCCAAAUGGAUAGCUGCUCACUUCCUUAAACUCAACCUGUCCAAAACAGAACUUCUGGUUUUUCAUCCCUCAAGUGUUACUACUCCCGUGUCUGUCUCCCUCCAAGUCAACGGCGCUACCAUAACCUCUAGCUCUCAGGCUCGUUGCCUGGGUGUUCUUUUUGACUCCAACCUCUCCUUCACCACUAUCCAUUCAAUCGCCAAAUCCUGUUGCUUCCAUCUCAAAAACAUAGUGCGCAUCCACCCCUAUUUAAACUCGAAUGCGGCUGAGGUGCUUGUCCAUGCUCUUGUUCUCUCUCGCCUGGACUACUGCAGUACUCUUCUCAGUGGUCUUACGUGUUCCCAGAUUGCACUGUUGCAAUCUAUAAAGAAUGCAGCGGCAAGGCUCAUUUUCCUGUCCGCUCGCACCACCCACGCCUCCCCGCUCUGUCAGUCCCUGCAUGGGCUCCCAGUUAGAUAUAGGGCUCAAUUUAAAAUUCUGGUGCUUGCUUACAAGUCCCUACAUAAUGCUGCUCCAACCUACCUAUCCUGCCUAAUACACAAGUAUGUCCCGUCGAGGCCCCUACACUCUGCCAAAGACCUACGUAUAUCCUCUGCCCGUACUCCCACCUCUUAAGCUCGCCUCCAAGACUUUUCCAGGGCUGCACCUCUUCUGUGGAACUCCCUUCCCUCCUCCAUAAGAAUUUCACCCAGUCUCCACUCAUUCAAAAAAUCAUUGAAAACUCACUUCUUCAAGAAAGCAUAUCAAUUAAACUGUUAGUGGGUUUUUAUCCCCCACCCUCCAUGACCCCUCUCAUGCAACUGUCAAAAAUUACCUACUAAGCCCUCAGCGAAUACUUUUCUAACAACUUACUUCGUACCCCUACUUUUACCCUUUGUGACACUAUACCCCACUCCCUCUAGAAUGUAAGCUCAUUGAGCAGGGCCCUCCACCUCUCUGUUCCUGUACGUCGAGUUGUCUGGUUACAAUUAAAUGUCUGUUAGUCCACCCUUUGUACAGCGGUACGGCAUCUGAUGGCGCUAUAUAAAUAUAAUAAUAAUAAUAUACAUAACCCUCAGAGAAAGUAGAGAGAGAGGAUUUACAAAAUAUGAAAUUAGCAACUGACAAUAUGGAAUAUUGCAUUUUGCUGAAAUUUAACAAUAAGUUGGAACUUUCUGAACAAAAAAUAUUAAUUAAAAUUAAUUGCACUGAGGGGGUGAGGCCUGACUGUCAUGGUGGAGAGACGCACUGUGAGCGAGCUCCACCAAUUUCUUAAUGGAAAUCACGUUUAUAGCCCUCAUUGGGUCCAGCAAAGAUAUCCUAAAUGCAGCCUUGAAUCAUUCAACUCAUGAGGCACACCGUGCAAUGCUUUCUUUUGCACCAAGAGCUUUGUUACCCCACUGUGACAGAUGCGGCCUAGUGCGUGCCUGUGCGUCUCCGGAUCUCUGGCUCCGGAGAUGCACAGAAGCGACUUCCUCUGAAAGAGAGCUCCGUAACCCCCCUCCCCCCUUUGGAUCAGUGGGGGAGAUCCUAGUCCACACUCUGGAGGCCACUGGGACCUGGCACAACAGAAUGCAUAGUAACUGGAGAACCGCGCCAUGGGCCAUCCAAAAUGGCGGAGACCACGCAUCCCCGUCAUUCCAGCUCCGCACAAUUUACCCUCAAAGCCAAGCUUAAUGCCAUAUACUUCUGGAGGAGGUUGGAGCAACGGGCCAGUGAGUGUCAGCAACAAAGUGUAAAUCAACAUCAGUCCACUCGGAGACUCCCGCAACGGUAUACAGCUCCAGUCCAGGAAACACUCCAUCAGAAACGCUCAGAUAACUGCACUAAACAUGAAGCUGGAUAACACUUACCUGCAAGGACAGCUCCUACGGUCGAUCAUCGUGGUGCUAUCCCGAAAACCAGUCUACGAAAGAGGCCUUUGAGGUUGCAGCUGGGACCACCUUGAAGCCCCACUUUGCCACAUAUUCUGUCUCUAUCUUGGCCUUCGUAUCCGAUGACUGCCCUGCUGCACCAACACUCAGUAUUGCCACUAAGAUGCAUUGGCUGAAUAGGGUCCUGGAACUUCUGCUGGCUGAGUUUUACAUACUGCCUGAUUCUUGUCCCUUUACAACUACUAUCUGUUGCACUCUCUAUGCUUACACUCAGUUUUUCGAGCUACCAUUGUUCGAUUGAUUUACCUAUGACUUAACAGAUGAAUAUUAUUCCGGGGGUCUCUGGGGUCUAAUAACCUUUAUAAUGUGUCUUUGUUACGCUAUUUACUUUUUGCCUAUAUAGGGCACUUUGAAUAUACAUGUUUAGUUUAGAUUGCCUACUAGUUCCUACUAUUUAAAUAUAGGUGCAGUGUAUUUGACAUCUCAUAUGUAUUAACCAUGUACUAUCGUAUAUUCCUUUAUUGAAAUGUCUACACAAAGCGUUUAAUUUUUACUUCGCACUGAAAAAAAUAAAGAAUGUAAAAAAAAAAUAAAAAAUGAAUUGCACUGAGCUGGUUGCAAUAGCCCAGAAUAGAAACACAAGUCCACCUUCUCCUCCACCCUAAAGAAUGGCAACUCUUUCUUUGGUCCAUUAUCGCUGAUUAUGGUUGCCACCUGGCUGGUAUUUUAGGAAAUUUAGCCAGCGCCGGUAUUGCAAAGUCUAGUAUUUUUCUCAAAAAGAAAAAAAAAACAAAUAUGGCAGCACUUCGGGAAUCUACCACAUCACAUAAAUACAUUUACAAAGUAAACCUUCAAUAUAAAUGUCUCUCCAAGGAAAUAAUAUAACAUUAAAAUCUUUCUGCAUUUGUAUCCAUUUUUUGUAUCACUCAGCCUUGUUACAAUGCAGCCACCCAUCCCAUGUGUUCCCUAUUAAUGGUUAAUAAUAUAUAGGGGUGUAUAUAAAAAAUACCCCUCUCUGUCUCAUUAGAGAUAUCUUUUCCAGAAGCUCAAGGAAGCAAAGUGAAGGGUCAGAGUAGGACCCGUCUAGGGGGGUCUGCCUUGACGUUGGCAGGCAGGCAUUCCCUCCAGUGGCCAUUGGAGUAACUAAAUGACCUCUGUAGCUGCAAUAUUAAAUUCCAUGAUCUCCGCUGGUACAGAAGGUAAUCCACAGUCAAGCGCUGAAAAGUAAGACAAUAUCGCAAAUCCCCCAGUAACCGGAAGAAACACAGUUCUGGGAGUCAACUCCAAUUUUUAUUCAGAGGUCAGAGUAUUUAUGCAAGUCCCCAUGCAAGGGGUUUCCCUACUGACAAAGCAGGGGUAAUACAGUAGGGGACUACAUGGGGGACACAUUCUGGACAUUUCUCCCAUCAGGCACUGCUAGAUGAGAGGGAUACUCCCACUGGAAUAUACCGUUAAGUGGAUUAUCCCUCUGUGCAGCAGAACCGGCAUUUUACAUUAAAAUACAUAACUUUGACAAUAUUCAGGUUAUUUAGACGAUAGCUGGGGUCUGAGUGCACCUUUCGUGAGAAUACCGCUCAGACCCCAGCUUAAACAACCGAACGCUGCACGAAAUACACUUUAACAUUGGGUUCGCCUAAAAGUACCGAACACUGAUGGAGAACCACAAUAGCGAAAGACCGGAGCUCCCGAAUGGCCUGGAAGUCCAUCGGUGUUCGCGCCGUCGAGUAGCCGAUUUCGGUUCCAAGCGCUCGACGACCAAAUACCACUGGUGAAACAAAGGAUCCAAGAUGGCCGACCGCCGCGUGGUCGGUAGCCGAACGACGGCCACCUAGGAAAGUCUUUAACUACCGAUUGCGACAAUGUUGCAAUCGGUUAAUGAGUGCCACACGUCUCUCUAUGUGUGGGCUACUGGGGGGUAGCUCAUUGUUUCACGAACAGCCAGUAAAGUCGCUGUUCGUGAAACGAAAUACAUUAACGCUAGCAUACGAAUUCUAUACACAUAGCACUACAAACCAAUGUUACAAUACAUAAUUUAGCGGUUAUGGCAGACAACCUUUUGGUACAUAUAGUUCAGCGUCCCACAAGUGGCUAGGUUUGCCACAACCUCCAUUUGUUUAAAUAUACAUAGGGAUUAAGGAGAGAGCGCAGGUAACUGUUUUCUUUGGUUUUUACUAAUAGUACCAAGUACCACUGGAAGACCUCUUGGCAGAGAAGGAUACACAGUCAUAAACCAUACAUUAAGUUCUUCUUCCCCUUUACCUUGUAAUUAUAAGUGAUCUUGGAAGGUUCUUAUAAGCUUACAUUGUCAAUCAAAAAACUCAAGGAUUUAUCAAAGGGUUUUGUUUUAAAAUGUGGUGUAAAAAUGUAAAAGGUGAGUUCCUAGGAGAAUGUACCACUGUUUCCAUGGUAAUUGCCACACUUUUAGUAUUUCAGACCACAUUUUGGAACAGAACACAUUGACUACUCUUCCCAUUGUGCUUCAGGAUAGAUAUAUAUAUAUAUAUAUAUAUAUAUAUAUAUAUAUAUAUAUAUAUAUAUAAAUUAAAGCCCGUAAUAUUGGAACUGUUAUCUUUUUAUAAAUAUAAAUAUUCUGAUUAGCCUAUUUAGUUACACAGACAUGGAAGUGCCUUGGUAUGUAGACACUCAACGUGAUUACUGGCAGACGCUCAGCUCCUAUAUACAGUGUAAUUGAACGCCUGCCAAUACAUUGCUCUUAUCUUAAGAGGACAGUGAUCAUGUGUCAUAUAUUUCAAGCUCCGUCACCUGUAGUCACACAGCAAAAUGUUUACUAGGGCAGAUGGCCAAAUCACUCAGUGUAUACAGAACUGCAGCACCCCAAGCAAAGUGAAGAUAUAUGUUAUUGACACCAAUGCAGGGCCUCCACCAUUGGGGUGAGGGGGAGGGUGUCUGCUCUACAAAACCAGUGUCCAGAAACUCUUCGACAUGCACACAUAUAUAUAUAUAUAUAUGCUCCCAAACACACAAGUACUUACAUAUACAUGCUGAAACACAUACACAGCCUCCAGACAUACACACCAACACACAUAUUUCCAGACACAUGGAACUUUGAUGAAGCUUUAUGCCUGGUAGUGUGUAUCUUUGUGUGUGGAGGUCUGUUAUGCAUCUGUAUAUCUGGCAGUGUAUAUUUGUGUGUGUCUGUUACGUGGUGUGUGUAUCUUGCUUUUUGUAUUUGCUUGUCUGUAUCUGGUAGUGUGUAGCUAUUUGUCAGUGUGUUGUAUCUUUGUGACUGUGAAUAUGAAUUAGUGUGUUUGCAUGUAAACCAGUAUCUGAAAUAUGGUGUUAAAGAGGAGCCUGUCCACUGGUUCUCUAUAUGUCCCAUAAGGGACUCCUACCUCUGAUGCUCACCUUAAAGACUUCUCUAGGGCUGCACCAUUCCUAUGGAACGCCCUUCCCCUCUCUGUUAGACUUUCACCCAGUCUCCACUCCUUCAAAAAAAAUCUUUGAAAACUUACUUCUUUAGGAAAGCAUAUCAAUUAAACUGUGAACAGCUUUCUCUCCCCGCACCCUGAUUCCUCUCCUGCAACUGUAAUCAAAACAACACCUAGCCCUCAGUGAACACUAACAACCUACUUUUCUACCCUACCCUGACCUUGUGUUACGAUACCCCACUCCCUCUAGCAUAUAAGCUCAUUGAGCAGGGCCCUCAUUUCCUCUGUUCCUGUUUGUCCAACUCAUCUGGUUACAAAUGCUUCUCUGAUAGUCCACCCAUUGUACUGCACUGCAGAACUUGUUGGCGCCUUAUAAAUAUUAUUAAUAAUAAUAAUAAUAAUAAGGGGUGAAGUUAUUGUAGACAUACAAAUGGAAGUUUCAGUGUCACAGAAAUGUUACAUGUUUUCCAAAAUUGACACAUUUUAAAAAGCAAUAUCACAGACUGUAUGACAGACUGUAAGUAGAAGGCCUUUCAUAUUUUAAGCUUUAGUCAACACUCUACAUGCAAAUGAGUUUCCUAGCUGUCAUUUCCAAAUCACACAACACAAUCUGUACUUCUGAAUCCAUAGAAAAAACUUUAGAAGUUGUAAUACUAAAGAGUAAUUCCCACCACUGAGGUCAUCCAUGCAAUAAAUCUCUACGCAACAUAUAAUAUGCUAUCAAUUAAAGUCCAGAGGCCACUGAUUAGAGUUUUUAGGUGGGGCAGUUUUCCCAGUUACUUUUGAUUUCCAUGUCCUAAACUUUGUAAUGUAUUAAAGAUCAUGUUGAAGCUGUGUGCAAAAGUGUAGCUCUUCGCCUCAAGCCCCUUCUACCCGAACUGAUCCACUUGGAGCAAGCAGAGCUCAUUCCCCAUAGAGACAACUGUACCUAACUUUAUUAUCAUCACACAUAUCACUUCUUUUACUAAAACACGCACUAUUCCAUUCUUCAUUGAUGCUGAAAAGGCGUUUGAAAGAGUGUACUGGACCUAUCUAUUUUUUGUGUUGGAGGUGUUGGUGUUUGGGAUGAGGUAGUUGGUUACUGUCCGUGUGAAUGAUCAGUACUCCCCUGAUUUCCCUAUUAACAAUGCGAUUAGGCAGGGGUGCUCCAUAUCCACCUCAUUUUUGUCCUUACAAUAGAUCCUUUUCUUCAUGUAAUUCACGGCAAUCCAAACAGCUAUGGCUAUUCAUUUGUUUAUGACUAAACAAAAGUUUGUUAAUGAUAUUUCACCUCACAUCCCUUUAAAUCCCAACUCUAUGCUCUCUCUGAACUUGAUCACUUUAGGACUUUAACCCCUCAAGGACAUGUGACAUGUCAUGAUUCCCUUUUAUUCCAGAAGUUUGGUCCUUAAGGGGUUAAGUGAAUUUAAAUAAAAGUGAAAUAGUCAAUAUCUAUGGAAGCUCCCAGUCUUGUGGGAACUUCCAUAGAGACCUCAAUGUUUUAAUAUUGUGCAUGCAUUGAUGUGGGCUCCUGGCAGACAGCAGGAGCCAUGUCAGCACUGAGUGAUUCACACUGUAUAACAAUUCCUGCAUUUCUACUAUCAAACAUUGGAAGAUGAAUACUUUGCAGAAAACCCUGUAAACUCCACGUUUCUACACUAAACAGCCCAUUUUCCAUAACCAUAAAUGUAACCCCUCCCGAAACCUAAACAAAUUCUUUCUUUAAACCAAAACAUGCACAUUUUUUCUUUAGUCCAAUAUUUAAGCAUUCCAGACCUUAACCUGAAACAAAAUAAUUUACCUUAACCCUACAUCUAACUCUUUUUACUAACUAAACACUCAUGUACCCCAAUACUAUAUUUAACUAAUUAUACCACAACAAUAAGCUUUGUAUAGCAAUAGUUAUAGUGAUGGUAAUAGUUAUAGGUAAUCUAACCCUAACAUUAACCAGUAUAUAGCCUCCCCCUGUCCCCUUUUACAUGUUAAUUUUGGAUAUGUUUUGUAGAUUAUUUUUUAAUCACUUAAAAAAUACAUUACAGGAACACUAUAGGGUCAGGAACACAAACAUGUAUUUCUGACCCUAGAGGGUUAAAAACACCAUCUAGCCCUCCUGUCCCCUCUGUUGCCCCGCUAAAUAUAGUAAAAUCUUACGUUGAUUUCAGUCUGCUCCUGCUGGCUCUGCCUGCUUUGCUGACAUCAUUCAAAAGUGUUGAACUGAGCCAAUCACAAUGCUUUUCCAUAGGAAAGCAUUUGAUUGACUGUGACUGUCAAGGAGGCAGAUCGGGGCAGAGCCAGCACACGCCAAACACAGACCUGGCCAAUCAGCAUCUCCUCAUAUAGAUACAUUGAAUCAAUGCAUCUCUAUAAGGAAAGUUCAGUGUCUCCAUGCAGGAAGCACCUCUAGAAGCUAUCUGAGGAGUGGCCAUGUGGAGGUAUCCCUAGGCUGUAAUGUAAACACUGCCUUUUCUCUGAAAAUAUACUGUUUCCUGCAAAAAGCCUGCAGAGAUUGAUAUAUACUCCCCUGAACAAAUACAAUAAGCUGUAGUUGUCCUUGUAGCUUUAGUGUCCCUUUAUACUUUAUCUGGCUAUUUUGUGCAGGGGGGGAGCAGGGGAUGUCUUCGCACAGAAUUCUAUUCUCAAUACAUUAUUUAUUAACCCCUUAAGACCGGAGGGCAUACUAUUACGCCCUAUUAUAGGCGGCUCUAAACACCGCCGGGCGUAAUAGUACGCCCUCCGGUCUUUCUUUACUUACCCGGUGGCCGGCGAUCCCACGCCGGCGAUCGCGGCUGGGGGGACUCCCAGGGAGCCCCCGCAGCACGUCCGACCCCCUGGCAGCCCCCCCGGCCAUGUGAGAGUGAGGUCCUUGCGAGGACCUCACAAUCACAUGGCCGGGAUAGCUGCCUCCUGCAUUGCCAGCAGGGGGGCUGCCUGUAAUGACAGGUAGUCCCCCUGCUGGCUGGAAAUAAAAUAAAUACAAUUUAAAAAAGUUAAAAAGUGUAAUAAAUAAAUAAAUAUAUACUUAGAUCAUAUAUAUAUAUUAUAUGAUCUAAGUACAUAUAUACACAUAUACAUACAAACACAUACACUGUCUAGGUGUAUUUUACUAUUAAUACAGGGAGUGCAGAAUUAUUAGGCAAAUGAGUAUUUUGACCACAUCAUCCUCUUUAUGCAUGUUGUCUUACUCCAAGCUGUAUAGGCUCGAAAGCCUACUACCAAUUAAGCAUAUUAGGUGAUGUGCAUCUCUGUAAUGAGAAGGGGUGUGGUCUAAUGACAUCAACACCCUAUAUCAGGUGUGCAUAAUUAUUAGGCAACUUCCUUUCCUUUGGCAAAAUGGGUCAAAAGAAGGACUUGACAGGCUCAGAAAAGUCAAAAAUAGUGAGAUAUCUUGCAGAGGGAUGCAGCACUCUUAAAAUUGCAAAGCUUCUGAAGCGUGAUCAUCGAACAAUCAAGCGUUUCAUUCAAAAUAGUCAACAGGGUCGCAAGAAGCGUGUGGAAAAACCAAGGCGCAAAAUAACUGCCCAUGAACUGAGAAAAGUCAAGCGUGCAGCUGCCACGAUGCCACUUGCCACCAGUUUGGCCAUAUUUCAGAGCUGCAACAUCACUGGAGUGCCCAAAAGCACAAGGUGUGCAAUACUCAGAGACAUGGCCAAGGUAAGAAAGGCUGAAAGACGACCACCACUGAACAAGACACACAAGCUGAAACGUCAAGACUGGGCCAAGAAAUAUCUCAAGACUGAUUUUUCUAAGGUUUUAUGGACUGAUGAAAUGAGAGUGAGUCUUGAUGGGCCAGAUGGAUGGGCCCGUGGCUGGAUUGGUAAAGGGCAGAGAGCUCCAGUCCGACUCAGACGCCAGCAAGGUGGAGGUGGAGUACUGGUUUGGGCUGGUAUCAUCAAAGAUGAGCUUGUGGGGCCUUUUCGGGUUGAGGAUGGAGUCAAGCUCAACUCCCAGUCCUACUGCCAGUUCCUGGAAGACACCUUCUUCAAGCAGUGGUACAGGAAGAAGUCUGCAUCCUUCAAGAAAAACAUGAUUUUCAUGCAGGACAAUGCUCCAUCACACGCGUCCAAGUACUCCACAGCGUGGCUGGCAAGAAAGGGUAUAAAAGAAGAAAAUCUAAUGACAUGGCCUCCUUGUUCACCUGAUCUGAACCCCAUUGAGAACCUGUGGUCCAUCAUCAAAUGUGAGAUUUACAAGGAGGGAAAACAGUACACCUCUCUGAACAGUGUCUGGGAGGCUGUGGUUGCUGCUGCACGCAAUGUUGAUGGUGAACAGAUCAAAACACUGACAGAAUCCAUGGAUGGCAGGCUUUUGAGUGUCCUUGCAAAGAAAGGUGGCUAUAUUGGUCACUGAUUUGUUUUUGUUUUGUUUUUGAAUGUCAGAAAUGUAUAUUUGUGAAUGUUGAGAUGUUAUAUUGGUUUCACUGGUAAUAAUAAAUAAUUGAAAUGGGUAUAUAUUUGUUUUUUGUUAAGUUGCCUAAUAAUUAUGCACAGUAAUAGUCACCUGCACACACAGAUAUCCCCCUAACAUAGCUAUAACUAAAAACAAACUAAAAACUACUUCCAAAAAUAUUCAGCUUUGAUAUUAAUGAGUUUUUUGGGUUCAUUGUGAACAUGGUUGUUGUUCAAUAAUAAAAUUAAUCCUCAAAAAUAUAACUCGCCUAAUAAUUCUGCACUCCCUGUAUAUAUAUAUAUAUAUAUAUAUAUAUAUAUAUAUAUAUAUAUUACUAUCAAAUUACACGUAGACUGAUAUUGUUUAAAUAUAUAUAUAAUUAUUGUUAAAUAUAUUUAUAUAUAAUAUAAAAAAAUUCAAUAUGUAAAUACGUUACAAAAUAAAAUUAAAAAAAUAAUUAAAAAAUAUAUAGAUGUGUGUUAUUUCGUUCUAACUGUAUUGUGAUAUUAAUAUAUAUAUAUAUUUAUAUCAAAAUACAUGUAGAACAAAAUAAUAUAUAUAUCUAUAUACAUAAAUAUAUACGUAUAUAUCACUAUAUAUAUAUAUAUAUAUAUAUAUACCUAUAUAUAUUUAUGUAAUUUUUUUACAUAAUUAGGUAUCUUAAUUAAUUACAAUUAGCGGGACCUGCCUGACAACCUAUGCCAAAAGUAAAGGGAAUUUGAUUUGCUAGCACUAUAUUUAACCCUAUAACUUUCCAAGACACCAUAAAACCUGUACAUGGGGGCUACUGUUCUACUCGGGAGACUUCGCUGAACACAAAUAUUAGUGUUUCAAAACAGUAAAAUGUAUUACAACUAUGAUAUCGCCAGUAAAAGUGAAGUUUUUUGCAUUUUUCACGCACAAACAGCACUUACACGGAUGAUAUUAUUGCUGCGAUACUUUUUACUGUUUUGAAACACAAAUAUUUGUGUUCAGCGAAGUCUCCCGAGUACAACAGUACCCCUCAUGUACAGGUUUUAUGGUGUUUUCAAAAGUUACAGCGUCAAAUAUAAGGCUUGCGUUUCAUUUUUUCACAUUAAAAUUCGCCAGAUUGGUUACGUUGCCUUUGAGACCCUAUGGUAGCCCAAGAAUGAAAAUUACCCCUAUGAUGGCAUACCAUUUGCAAUAGUAGACAACCCAAGGUAUUGCAAACGGGGUAUGUCCAGUCUUUUUUAGUAGCCACUUAGUCACAAACACUGGCCAAAAUUGGCGUUUUUUUUCAUUUUUCACACACAAACAAAUACUAACACUAACUUUGGCCAGUGUUUGUGACCAAAUGGCUACUAGAAAAGACUGGACAUACCCCAUUUGCAAUACCUUGGGUUGUUUACUAUUGCAAAUGAUAUGCCAUUAUGGGUGUAAAUUUCUUUCCUGGGCUACUAUAAAGUCCCAAAGGCAACGUAACCAAUCUGGCGAAUUUCAAUUUCAAAUGUAACGGGCUAUAUUUGACCCUGUAACUUCCCAAAACGCCAUAAAACCUGUACAUAGGGGGUACUGUUUUACACGUGAGACUUUGCUGAAUACAAAUAUGUGUAUUGUAUUGCAGUAAAAGCAAACAGUAUUAUGACAUUGACCGUUAAAAUGUCAUGUAGAACUAAAAAUCUUUUAAAAAAUCUUAUUUUCUCCCAUUUUUAUUCAUAUUAAAAUUAUGUUUCAUAGCUAAAUAUUUGAUAUUAAAUGAAAGCACUGUUUCCCCUGAAUAAAAUGAUAUAUAAUAAGGGUGGGUGUAUUUAAUAUGAAAGAGGUGAAUUACAGUUGGACAGACAUGUAGCGCAUUUUGUUUCGUUCACAAUGUGUACAUUUGGCACCGUCCUUAAAGGGUUAAAGGAAGACUCCCACUGUAGUGUUAAUGGACUACUGAUGCCAGAUAGUUGGAAACUUAGCUCUGUUACUGAGAGUGAUUAACUAGCCACCAUAGAAAUAAAGCUCAAUGUAAUCUGCUGCACCUAUGAGUGUGUUGCAAAAGUACCAUAGCACAAAAUAUGCCAGUAAUUUAUAUAAAUGGUGUUAAGUAUGUUUGUUUAAUUACUUUGUGUAAAUAAAAAUGUUCCUCUUGUAAAUAUUAUUUCAAUCUGUCAAGCCAUAGGGCACCCCAGGCAAGUAAAAUUGAGAGGGAGGUUGCAAUUAUUUAUAUGAGUGGAGAUUAUGCUUCCUACAAUUAGGAGCUGCUGCCACAUUUUAUGUGAUUUGGCAUUUCCUGGCAUCUAAAAGGAGUAUGAGUUUGUGCAUAUGUUAGAAAGAAAGCUAGUGACCACACAUAAGAUGUAAGAUAUAAAUAACACUAAUAGUUUUUAGGAUUAAAGUAAUUAAAAUUCUUUAUUUCUCCAUCUCCCCAGGUGUAUACAUUCAUUAGAGGUGGGAGUGGCAGCGUAUAGAAGUAAAGUUGGGAGUACUUUGUCGAAGCAGUAUCAGGAGGAUGCCUACCUAGUCACCCAUGAUAUCAGCAUGAUGCGGCUAAUAGAGACUUUCCUGGAGAACACUCCUCAACUCAUCCUGCUCUUAUAUAUUCUGUUACAGAGAAGGAUAAUACAAACCUUUCAGUGUGAGUAUGUAACUUAUACGCUUGACAAGAAAUUUGGGACUGUCUUUUAGUGUUUAAUAAAUAUAAAAUAUUUAUAUGUUUAUUUUCCACAUCACCAUUUUUUGUUGGUAUUUUUAAAAUAAUGAAAAACACAAAUAUUGCCAAAGCCAAUUCAAUCCAGUUGCAGUUUCAGCAGUAUUGACGCAGUGUAAUUUUUACUAGCUUGCAGUCACGUCAUUCUGGAUCCAACCCCUAGAUGUCCUAGGACAUCUGGGGGAAUGUCGAGACUGAGUUUUAAUAACUCAGCACGAAACCUAUGGGGUGCUACUAGCUGUCUUUUAGUGACUUGGGUGGCCCCAUGUCCCACCCCUCCUGUCACUCGAUACAAUAAUCUCUUAUACCACUCAAACCUUUCGUGAGUGCUGUCACCCCGGGGAACCUCUACUGCCUUUCUAUACCCUUCAAGUGUGGGGUCUGUUUUCUGUUCCUAUUCAAAACCCUGUGGAGUAUCCCAGAAAGUGGUAGGGGGGUCGGGCAAAGGGGGUAUUUCAACUCCUACCUGAUUUUCCUACCUGAGUGCAGCGGUGCUUCCAGUCUGGCUUGUGCUCGGGUGGUAACCGGGUAGGCUUCUGCAGUAGGGUCCCGUGAGAGUUGAGAGGUUAAACAUCCUACGUCAUUCCCCAAUAAGACCUCUGCCGGCAAUUCCUGCAUAAUGCCAACCUCCAACUGUUUAGAUCCAGAACCCCAGUCGACAAGGACACUGGCUGUAGGUAGCUUGUGUAUGGCACCCCCAGCCGAGUUUGGGCCUUGACCGUGUGUGGUUGUACUACGGUUAGUGUGGCCCCAGAGUCUCUCAUAGCUCAGGCCCCCACGCCAUCUACUGUAAUCCAUUGACGGUGGUGGUCCCGGUUGUCGCCCCCAGCUUGCACUGGUUUGACCCCAUGCAAAACACUCCACUGCUCUUCUUGGUUAGGGAUGCUGAUAGGACCUUCCUGUUGGACACAAUGGACGGCUGCCGUGGGUUGUUGAGGGGGUUGCCUUUCCCAGCUUCCUCGGUUCAAACAAGGACACUGGUUCUUGUAAUGUCCUGGUUGCUUGCAGUAAUGACACACUGCAGGAGGUCGAAGUGUUGCUGCUGGGCCUUGUGGAGGUUUACUUAUGGAGGCUCUAGGUGGUGCAGGCGUCGCUGGAAAUGGGUAGGCGUGUUUAAAAGUUGGUCUGUUCACACCCUGUUCUCGCCUCUGGUUGUCUUGGUACUCAUCCGCUAGGCUGGAGCUUCCUCCACAGUUUUGGGUUUUCUGUCCUUUACCCAGUCUUUUAUAUCUUCCGCUGUGUGGUUAAAAAAUUGCUCCAAUAGUAUGAGCUGUAACCUCCAGCCUCCAACGCCCUGUAUAGCCGGAAAGCCCAUUCAGUGUGAGAAUCUUUCCCUGUUUUCCGACAUUCCCUAAACUUCUUCCUGUACGCCUCUGGGGUUACAGAGUACCUGGCCAACAAAAUGUAUUUUACCUUGCCAUAAUUGUGUAUGUCCCCAUCCGGUACUGCUCUCCACACUUCUGCUGCUCUUCCUGAUAGCUUGCUGCUAAGUACUGCAGCCCAUUUUGUGGAGUCUAAUCCCUCCAGAGCACAUUGACGUUCAAAGUCUUGUAAAUAACUGUCAAUUUCCAUAUCAUUAUCAUUAAAAGUUUUAAACGCUGCAUAGUUUACCUUCUUUGGUAGGUCAUUUGUACUUCCUGGGGAGUGUAGCAAAUCCCCCUGUAACGGUCUGUCUCGAUCCUCUCGCUCUUUUUGCGCUUGCCUGGCUUGUGCCAUGACCUGCAGAACUGCUUCUGUUGAUGGACUGGGUCCCAAUACAAUGAGCAUCCAUCUGAUAUCCUUUUGCAUCUUGGUUUCUUCCUCGUGCUCCAUCUCUGUAUUACUGGUUCCAUUGCUCUGUAUUAAAUCCGCAAUUAACGUGGCUUUUGUCUUGUUACUUGCCACUAUGCCUCGAGCUUCCAGUAAAUCUUUUAGCGUGGAUCUUUUAAGUAGCUGGUAUUGCUGAGCCAUUCAUUCCCUUGCUUGGUUCAGGACGUCCAUUCGGGAUUUGAAUCCCUCCUCUUGCCACCAGUUGUAAGGAAACCUAGGAUUUCCAAUCCUCAUUUGGUAGUUUCCUCCCGAACUGCCAGAGCACCAGUGAUUAUAGCUCUCUGUUCGGUAGAUAAAAUAGACAAAAUCCAUAUGAAUACAAUAGCUUUACAAGAUGAUUCCCUUAAUAAAGCAUACGAAUCCCCAAACAUCAGCCGAAGUCUAGAAGAAGAGUGUUACAGAACUGGCUUUUAAUGACCACACACUGGCUUUUAUGCAAGUCCCCAUGCAAGGGGACAUCCCACAGGGAGGGACACAGUACAACCAAUCAUUUACAGGAAAAACGUAAAACACUCCCCACACAAACAUACAAUUCCCUCCCCUAGUCCUGGAGAUAAUCAAGUCUGAUAAAGUAAUAACUUGAUUAUCUCCAGGCAGAAAAAUUAAAAUUUUCCCCAAUAUUCAGAACACCCCUUUAGGCAUAUGGUAUCCCCACAAACAAUAUGUCCCCUGAUAGCCCCGAUCUGGGUGACCAACAUAUUCAAAUUUCACCCAGAUCGGUUCAGGGGUUCUCAAAAAGUUUGGAAGUCUUUUGUGACCAGCUAACCGCGAGGUGGCUGCCCAAAAUAGUUCCAGGAGUUUGGGUAGUUUUGCCGGUCUAUUCCAUUAAGUGGCAAAAAACAAAUAAUUCCCCGAAUGGAUUCCCCUGGCACUUAGCAGCGAUUGUUCCUCUCAUUCGAAUGCACAAAAGUACCGAACAGCGCUCUUCUAGCUGUUCGGGAAAUGAAGAUUCAGCGUUUGCUUGUUGAGACCGGUGUUCGGGAAGUCGAGUGUCCGAUUUUAGUUCCAGACACUCGACGACCAAGUCCAGCUGCCUUUGUUUGCAUGAAAAAAGAUGGCUGCCGUUUUCUCGGCCACGUGGCGUUCGGUAGUACGAACGCCGGCCGCACAGAUAGAGGGUUCAAUUGAGGUAUUCUUUGAAGUUUAACGAGCCAGGGGGGUGGUCUCUGUUCGGUAGUUACAUCUACUGAAUGAAUAGGGAAGAAAUAUUGCACAUAAAAGAGGGAUUUCUUCAUAUAUAUAUAUAUAUAUAUAUAUAUAUAUAUAUAUAUAUAUAUAUAUAUAUAUAUAUAUAUAUAUAUAUAUAUAUAUACACACACACACACACUAUCACAUGCCUCAUAAUAUAUAUUUUCAUAUCAUAUAGCAUAUCAUAUAUUUGUUCUGGUUGGAUCCAUUUUAUCCUUUAGGAUUCUAAUGUAAAAUAGGUGCAAAAUUAUACAACCAUUUGUUUUUCUUUCUUUUUCUUCUAGAUUUUGGCAUUUCUGUGUCGUUUAUCUCAAUUAGCUGGGCGAUUUUAGACUACCACCAGUCAUUGAGAUUCUUUUUGAAAGAUAAGCAGAAGUUGGACUUCCUCUCUUCACUUGUCUACUUCUUAUGGAACAUUCUUCUAAUUUUUUCUCGUAUUACAUGCAUCACACUCUUUACAUCCGUCUUCCACUUAUGGAUUACACUGCACUAUUUUCUCCUUUGGGCUGUUUUCUUUCUUUGGGCAGGACUGCAAAAGACAGACUUUAUGAAGCACACACUCUUUGAAUAUUUCUACAGAGCUAUUGUUGCAGGAGUCCUGUACUUUUCCUGGUUUAACAUCUCUGAAGGAAAAACAAUCUACAGAUGCAUUUUCUACUAUGUAUUCAUCAUGUCAGACAAUAUAAUACUGCUCCUUUCGUGGAAAUACUUAGGAUACUCAACUGUUUUAGAUGCAUAUGAACUCACUAUUUUCUUGGUUGUUGGGCUAGCGUUAUUUAUAGGGCUUGCAGUGAGAGUGCUUUAUUACGUAUACUUGCAUCCCAAUGUUAGCACUGAGACCAAAGAGUGCUAUGAUGAACCAGAUGGCAGAAGAAAAGGAGAAAUAAGCAACAAGAGCCUGCUUGUAUAUCAAGUGCCUUUAGCCCCCAAACAUCCCAGAAUGCUACAGACGUGGAACAGCUGUUUUUGAAAACGGAACUAACCCAUGGUUAUACUUUGUGCCAAGGUGGCCAUACAUGGUAAAGAUGUUAUGUCUUUGUGCUGUGAAUUCACUGAACUAAAGCUAAAUAAUAGAGUUUGGUUCAUUAGUCAUUUAAUUUUAAGCCCCAGAAACUGUUUGGCUCUUACUAAAAGUGUCUUUUAGACAACAAUCUUCUAUUGGUUAACUGGUGAGACAACUCCAAGAUGUCAACCAUAAAUAUACAUGUGGUGUUUAAUAUUUUCAUAGGAUAAGUGAUAGACCUCAUGAUUAACAAAUGUAUUUAUUUAAAAAGCUUAAGACUAACAGCGUAACUCUGCCAAGUACAUAUUAAUCAGUGUACCAAUUGUUCACUAGUUUUAUUUCUCGCAAGACUGGCUGACAGCCUUCAGGCCGCCCAACCCAGAGCUGACCAUGCAGAAAGAGCACCGUUGAGACACUCUCUGCAUAGCCUUUGUGUCGUCAGCACAGCAUGAGCAUGCGUAAUAAUGUGUUGGCUGAGGUCAGUGUCCUAGAUGCAGAACGCCAGCGAACAGAAUCUGGAUAGUGAGACAGGAAAUCUGUGCUGUCCUGCCUAACUGGGACAAUUGAAAGGCCUGUAGCUAGAUUCAGCUUUUCCAUUCUUCUGUCUUCUGGCUUCCUGUCUUUCCAUUACUAUACACAGUUUUGUGACUUAGUUACAGAAAGCAAUGGAAUUUUAAUUUAUAUUAUCUGCUGUGAAAUAGUACUAUUCUGUAUACAAAUAUAUAUAUAUAUAUAUAUACAUACACACACACACACUUACUUCUCUUUCUUAUGACCAAAUAAUGAAUAAUCAGCAGACAAGGUUGGUUUAGCUAACCUAUUAGUACAUAAUGUAUCUUUUUAGUUUUAUGCAAGAGCUGGGUUCACUAAAAGCAAAUUGUAAUGAAUAAAAAGUCAACUUACAACAUUUAAAGCUUAAAUAGCCAAGCAGGUGCUGUAGCUGUGUUUUGCAAUGCAUAAUUAGCACAGGUCCAUUGCACCAUGGCUCAAACAUGUUAUAUCCUGUUAAACAGCCUGGAUGCUAUAUUUAAUGAGUCAUUCUUUUAACAGCCUGUGCAUAUAAUUCUCAAUAUUUAAAAAUGAAUGGUGAAGUUAACCAAUGGCACUACCUAAACAAUUUCUCACUUACUUGAGUUACUAUGAGUUGUUUGAAAUCAUGCACAGACACAAAACACAUGCUUACUAAAACACCCAUAGAAGUCCAUAAAAUGACUAGAAACGGCUAAGAUAUUCCUAAUUAAAAAAGACAUCAGCAGAGUAUGAACAGAAACGGGGUGUUUGCUACAGUCGAAGAGUAUGUUUAUAUAUUUUUGAUCAUAUUAUCUCUAUAAUAUAUAAAAAAUAUGGGGAGUAAGUUUGCCUUCUAUUAUAUUUAUUUAAAUGGACAAAUUCUGGCAACUUGGCAAGGUUCUUUACUAAAGUGUCAAUUGUUGGGAAUUUAAAGUGAAUUUAAAUUUUUUGGUCAAAAUAGCCAAUUUGAAAACAAAAUGUCAACUCUAGUUUGAAGGCUUUGUCCCAAAUUUUCAAAUUCACUUUAGUAAAAAACCCUUUGAAAGUUGUGGUCUUCUAAAUCUUCUGAAUGUAGUAUUUAAUAUUCCUAUGGCAUUCUAUGCACUAGUAGAGGCUCACUUUCAGGCCUAGCUUUGACACUGGGUUUUGCCUUCAGAACAAACUGAUUGCUACUAAUAGACAAUCUCAGCAUACACAAAAGUGGAUGUUUAUUUACAAAUCAUGCCAAUGAUGCCAGUAAAACCAAAGCCCGGAGCCCAUCUCUAGUUUUUGCUUCCGGUCUGUUUCUAACUCUUUAACAUUUAAGAAAAUAUGUUACCAGAGCCACAUGAAGACAUCAAAUAGCAAUUACAUUGAAUUGGUGGAUAUUUCUCCUUAUAUCAAAUUCUUAUGUGUCUGUCACGGAUUCCAGGAUCUCUUAGUGUCCCUUGGUCGCCGCUUCUCUAAUUCUCCGCUGGUCCUGGAUUCAGCUACAGCAUACAGUGAUUCUAGCCCUCUGGAACUUUGUAAGUUUCCCCGAUAUCGUGGAUGCAACCAGUCGUAUUGCCCCCCUGACAGGCAGGAGAGAGAAGGCGCACACACAGUGCCUUCUCUCUCCUGCACACGUCAGAUGUAUCUUAAUACGUCUGACGUGUACAAGGCCUUUUUAGGGCCCUACGUGAUAGGAAGUCCCUCUGGUGGCCGUCUGAGUGACGGCCACUGGAGGUAUUCCUAUCAAUCAAUGUAAACACUGUAUUUUCUCUGAAAACACAGUGUUUACAUUAGAUUGCCUGCAGGGAGCUAUAGAUCUCACCUGAACAAAUAGAUUAAGCUGCAGUUGUUCAGGUGACUAUAGUGUCCCUUUAAGAGAUAAUUGAGCUCCACGUAAGCUAAUCAAAUUCUCUCAAAUAGGAAAACAUUCAUACAAUUUUUACACAUCACGAAAAUACAUGACAACGGCAUCGGAACCCCCACAAAAAUUAUAUUCUUAAAUAGCCCCAAUCUGAGCACACAACAUAUCCAAAAAGCACCCAGGUCGGUUUGGUAAAACGAAAGUUAUGUUAAUGCAUAUAUGAACUGGCUGCAUUGACAAUUUCAAAAGGGGUUAAUUUGAUUUCAUGGGAGGUCAGAGCCUACAACCCAAAUUCCUGUUUAAAGCUGGGACCCCAGCAGAGCCACUCUGCAAGGUGUGAGAAGUCACACAUAAGUGGCCUGGAAGUCUGGCUUCAGCACAAACUAACUCUCUAAUUUGCCAUAUGUCCCGAUUUCCUCCCAGAUAAAGAGUCUUUUGAUAUGAACAAGCCUUGUGUUCCAAUAUAGUAUCCAAAAGAAACAAUACCUAUCCACAGAUUUAUCAUAUUUAGAAUGAGACAAGCACAAUCUUCCAAUCAAGCCUUAACAUGAUUUGCGAACAAGUGGAUCCCACAGAAUCCAUAUAUCCAUUGAAAGUCUGUGACCAGGCCUAUAGUCUGUGGGCAUGAGGCUAGCUUUUAUGCCUCUAAAGCAGGCUGUGGCACGGGAGCUUCCGUGACAUUAUCUUUUUACAUAUAUAACGAAUGUGUAUCAUGCCAGGAUAUGCUGCUUAAUGUUGACAAAUGAAUGUAUUUUAUGUGUAGGUUAGAUGACGCCAGAGCAGGGUUAGGCAACCUUUGGCAAUCCAGAUUUUUGUUUCUAAAAAAAACUGCAAGGUUUUACAUUACAGCUUUAAAAUGAUAGCACCACUGCACCCAAACCACUUCAUUGACAGAAAGUUGUCUGGGUGACUAUAGUGGUCCCUUAAGGCUGGCAUAAGUUUCACCAAUCAACAUGCUGCUAGAGGAAGAUAGGCCUAUUUACAGGCAACCACAGCCUCCAAUGAGCCAUAAGUCAUCAAAAUUCUGUUUUUUUGAAUGUAAGUUUAAUAUGUGUAAUGCUGUGUACAUAGAUUCCAAUUGUUCAUAUUUUGGUAUUUAACAAUGAAACCCCCACCACAACCCUCUGUUCUAUCACAGGUGAUGGAGGUCUCUAUCCUGUACAAUCAAUUAUGGGGACUUAAUAGACAAAAAUUCAUAGUUUUAUGAAUUCACUGCUAAAAAUGCUUAUAUAGAAUUAUAUUAUAUAUAAUAUUGCUAUUUCUACAGUAUUGAUCAAAUUCUCACACAAACACAAAAAAGUUAUUUUUGUAAAAUAUAAAAACUAUAUAUGGUAAUUUAUAUGUUAUUUAUGCACACCAUACCUGCACACAAUGGUGGCAAAAUAUAUAAAGAAAAGAUACACAAAGAACUCAAAGUCAUAGUUUCCUUAGAGGACACCAGAAGGACUGACUCAGUCUGUACUCUGAGCACUCUGCCUGGCAAUAAUUGAAAGGCUAGAGUUGAAAGGCUAUUGUCAAUACUAGGGCAUAUUAUAUACAAUAUGUAUCCUAAGAUGUUAUAUAAUCACUUGUUAGAUAUAUAAAUAUAUA